AUAUUUCCAUUCACUAGACAAGGUAGCUGACGGAAAAAUAUGCGCCAGACUCAGAAUUUGGUUACCUUGAUCCAAUGGUUGGAGUCUGGGUUAUCUUUUAAGGCCAGUAUAUACGAUAAGCUAAAAACAAAAUGUCCUUUGCAAAGCAUUCUGCGGGAGGUGGACCUGAUCCACAGUCCCCCAGUACAAAUGACUUGUUUUAUGAACGAAGAGAAAGUGUCAUCUAUGCCAAUCCCACCGCUGCAAAACCAGUACCGGGAGGCAGGAGGCGAAGCACAGUGAGCAGUGUGCUGACUACAGAAACUAUCAAAGAGAGACAGCAAAAAGCCAAAGACCAAAGAGAAGUGAGAAGAAUGUGCAUGACUGCUGCACACAAGUAUAUAAUCAAGUUAGUGGCCAACCACAUUGGAUUGGAUCAGAGUGCUGUGGAAGAAUUCAUUUUAGAUUCAGAGAGACACAUGCAGCUGUUUAGUAGCUUCCUAGACAAAGAUGGAGUUAGAAGUUUGAAGUUUUACUACCAAGAGUCUGUGAUGCCUAGCAUAGAUGAUUGUGGUCGAACAAUUCAUGGAGUAGCUAAAGGCACCGUGAUGAUGAGAGUGUUGGUGACCAGUGGGACUGGAGACAAACUAAGGGGGUCCUGUGUGUAUUUCCUGAGAACUAACACAGACAUUAACAUCACCAGCAAAAACAUGGAAUCGGAAAUCUUCUUUGGAUACCUAGAUAUGAAUCAAAACUCAGGAAUGUUGUCUGCAUUUGAAUCUGUGUUGGCUAGUGUGUAUUUGCCAGCAAUGAAAGCAUACUCCAGAUGGGGAGAGUUGGAAGAAUCUCCCCAAGGAAGGAAGACAAAAAAACACUUCAUUGACAAUUUUGACAAUUUUCUAAUGUAUCUAAGGAGUGCUCAAGCUAAUUCAGGAGAAGGAGUUCGUUUGGCCAAAAAUACAAGUGAAAAGGUCAAUCUGAAAGAGAUAAAAACUGUCUCGGAUUGUAUUCCAAUAUCAUCCAAUCCAGAUAUUGUGGCAGAUAUGGAAGACUUAGCAUCAACAUGGUGCAAGCAAAUUGAGCAGAUUUUAGCUGAGAGUGAUCAAAUGAGGAAAGAAGCUGAUGAUACAGGUCCCUUAGCAGAAUUGGAGCAUUGGAGACAGCUUAUGGCCAGAUUUAAUGCACUGCUGGAGCAAAUUAAGAGUCAUGAGUGUAGAAUAGUCAUCAAUAUCUUGAAUGUAGCACGGUCAAAGGUUUUAAGGAAAUGGAGGGAUCUUGACAAAAGAAUUACAGACAAUGCCAAUGAAGCAAAAGACAAUGUGAAAUUUCUGUAUACGCUUGAAAAGUACUGUGAACCAUUGUACCACUGUGAUCCAAUUUCAAUGAUUGAUUGUUUGCCUGGUCUAAUUAAUGCCAUCAGAAUGAUACAUAGUAUAUCCAGAUACUACAACACAUCAGAAAGAAUGACAUCCCUUUUUAUUAAGGUCACAAACCAGAUGGUGACAGCCUGCAAGACCUAUAUCAAUGGAGAUGGAAUGACAAGACUAUGGGAACAACCUAGACAGCCACUGAUAGAAAAACUUCAGCAUUGUGUAUCCUUGUACAAAAACUACCAAGCCAUUUUUCAGAGGACAAAGGAGAAAAUAGAAGCAACACCUGGAGAAAAGCCAUUUGAGUUUUCUGAAAUGUACAUUUUUGGAAAGUUUGAGACCUUUUGUCGAAGGCUUGACAAGAUCAUCUCCUUGUUGAAUUACAUUGAGUCAUUUUCCUCCCUAUCUGAUUGCAAAAUUGAAGGCAUGGAUGCAUUUGCAUCAAGGUUUGGACAAAUAUAUGGAAGCAUCAAGAAAAAACCAUAUGAUAUUUUGGACCAAAGAAAAACUGACUUUGAUGGUGAUUUUGAGGAUUUUCUCAGACAAAUGAGAGAUUUAGAGGUCAAUAUUCAAAAUUUCAUGGAUGUGUGCUUCCAAAAAACACCGUCAGCUUUCCAAGCCUUGCAACUUUUGAAUAGAUUUGAGAAAUUGAACAUCCCUCGUUUGAAUGUACAGCAUAAAUACAAGGCAAUUUUACUGCAAUUUGAACAAGAGCUGGAGGAUAUAAAAAAGCUGUACACCAAGCACAAGGAUGACCCUCCAAUUGUACGCAAUGUGCCACCUAUUUCUGGAAAAAUCAUGUGGGUUAGACAGCUAGCAGAGAAAAUACAAGAACCAAUGAUGAUAUUUGCCGAGCAAACUACGUGCAUGAAAACAGAUGAUGCUCGAAGAAUCAUCAAGAAAUACAACAGAAUUGCAAAGCUUCUUUUGGAGUAUGAAAUUCUCUAUCACCUUGCUUGGAAAGACUCUGUUGAUGUAGCAACAAGAUACUUGCAAGUACCUGUGUUAGCGAGAUAUCCCCAGACUACAUCAGGAAUGUUACUAGUGAAUUUUGAUCCUUACAUCUUUGAAGUCAUAAAAGAAUCUGAGUACAUGAUAAAAUUGAAUCUGGAAAUCCCAGAAGCAGCCAAGGUUCUUGUACAUUCCAAAGACAAAUUGAAAGGUCAUUUUUCUCAAAUGAAGCUUUUGUUGGAUGAAGAUAAAGAUUUACGAAUGGGAAUCCCACCUAUAUUUCUUGCUCUUCUUGGACCAUCUCUUAAAAGAGUUGACAGUGCAAUCCGGCCAGGCCUUAUUUCCCACACGUGGACUUCUUUAAGCUUACCCAUCUACUUCACCCAAGUAAAAGAAGCAUUGGCAGAGCUGAAAAUUAUUGUGAAACAGAUCAGUGAUAUCAAGACAACCAGAAUUGACUACAUGCUAAAAGAGAUCAGUGAAACCCUGCUGUGUGAUUUGCCAGAGAGAAAUCCAUGGGGUGUGACAGAAUUUCUACAAAAAAUGGAGGCAUAUACUGAUCAAAUGGCCGUGGAUAUAAACAAGAUGAGCCAAGUGGUUGAGGAUGCAGUCAAAGAAUUAGUCAGAAUAUUUUUACAUCGAGCCCAGAUAGAACAAGGCAUGUUGUUGGAAAGUGAAGCUAGCACCGACAGAAGUGAAACAAUAUCUGUCUCAACCAAACUAUCAAGUAUAACAGAGUCUGAUGCUGCUCCAGUGAGUGAAGAAAAUGAUAUUAGUGAUGAACAACAGAUCAGGGAAGCUUGCGAUGAGCUGAUAGAGUUCUUCAAUCAAAGAUUAGUAGAGUCUCUCUUGAAGGCCACAAGGCAUUCCUUGGAUGUAAUGAGGAGGAGAUUUUUCUCUGGGGGUAGGAGAUCUUCCAUACUGCAUUUUGAUGAAAAUAUGGGAGGAAUCAAUGAUGGCAGUAGAAUGCCCUUCUUUAUAGCAGAUAUCACUCUUGCCAUUCCCAAUGUGGUAAUGCAGCCAAGCUUGGAAGAUAUACAGACUGCCUUGAACAAAGCAACACAGUUAGUGUUGGAUAUCAGCAAAGGAGUUUACCAGUGGGGACAAGAUAGGGAAAAACAGCAUGGCACUGUAAUCCAUCAUGAAUCUAGGAGAAACUCACCCACCAUGCUGCAUGGAUUUGGUCAAGAUAUGCACAACCUGAUCAAGCACAUUGAUGUACCACUAAAACACUACCACAAAAGCAUAGUGGACAAUAAAGAUGUGUCCAAGUAUGUGAUGAUGAUGUCGUCUGCUCUCAGUACACUUAAACCAGAAGUGACAGAUGCACUGCAGCGAUACUCAGAUUACUCUUUCUUGUGGAAGCAAGAUAGAGUGGAAGCUGUUAAGGAAUUCAUGGUGGAGGAACCCAUUCUUUCUGAAUUCAAAGCAAAAUGCUUGAUGUUCAAAAAUCUCGAGAACAACAUUGAUGAUAUCCAGACUUCUGAAAUUGUUGGACCUAUUGAAUUGUUCACUGAUCCUUUAAAAUUUGCAUUGAGAGUUGAAAUUAAAGCCUGGAAAUUGAUGUUUGGGAAAGAACUUAACCAGCAGUACAGAGCGAAAAUGGAAGGAGUUUUGAAUUUUGUGGAUGACUACACCAAAAGACUUGCUAGACCAAUUCGGGAUCUAGAGGAUGUUCGAGAGGCAAUGUCUGCCCUCAAUGAUAUCAGAGAAAACCAGAUCGCUCUUGAUAUGCAACUGGGCCCAAUUGAGGAAUCCUAUGCUAUGCUGAAUGAUUUUGAAGUUGUUGUCAAAAAAGAGGAAACAGACAUGGUGGACUCUUUACGCUAUUCCUUCCAAAAAUUGUUAACAAGUGCAAACAAGGUACAAGAUGAAUUAGUGCGAGUGCAACCAGGGUUCAAAUCUGAACUUCUGACUUCUGUGGAAGUUUUCCAGAAAGAUGUUACUGAUUUUGGAACAAGCUAUGAUACUGAAGGGCCAAUGUCUGAAGGAAUUUCUCCAACAGAAGCUAAUGACAGACUGACUGUGUACCAGGCUCAGUUUGAUGAGUUAUACAACAAAUAUGGAAUCUACUCUGUUGGAGAACAGCUCUUUGGACUUCCUGUGACAGAGUAUCCAGGGCUAAUGAGAAUCAAAAAAGAACUAGGGCUUCUACAAAAACUAUAUGGAUUGUACUCCAGUGUGAUGACGGUCAUCAAUGGCUACUUUGAAAUCUUAUGGACUGAGGUGGAUAUCGAAAAAAUCAACAGUGAACUCAGUGACAUGCAAAACAAAUGCCGCAGGCUUCCUAAGGCAUUGAAAGAGUGGCAAGCCUAUCAAGACUUGAAGAAAAAGAUAGAUGAUUUCAGUGAAUCCUGUCCCCUCUUGGAAUUAAUGGCCAACAAAGCUAUGAAGGAACGCCACUGGGACAGAAUUGCUAAGCUUACAGGCCAUACUUUUGACCUUGAUUCCGAAAAUUUCAGUCUCAGAGACAUAAUGAAAGCUCCUCUGUUGAAAUACAAAGAAGAUAUUGAGGAUGUGUGUAUUUCUGCUGUGAAAGAGAAGGACAUAGAGGCCAAGUUGACUCAGGUGGUUAAUGACUGGACAGGGAGGAUUCUCAGUUUCUCCAAUUUCAAAGCCAGAGGAGAACUCCUGCUGAAAGGGGGCGAAACAUCAGAAAUUAUAACAUUUCUGGAGGACAGCUUAAUGGUUCUGAGCUCCCUGCUCAGUAACAGAUAUAAUGCUCCUUUCAAGAAGACAAUUCAGGAGUGGGUAGCAAAACUGUCAAAUACAACUGACAUUCUUGAGAACUGGCUCAUUGUACAGAAUUUAUGGGUGUAUUUAGAGGCAGUAUUUGUUGGAGGGGAUAUUGCCAAACAACUUCCUCAGGAAGCAAAAAGGUUUCAAAACAUUGACAAGUCUUGGGUGAAGAUAAUGCAGCGUGCUCAUGAGUGUACAAAUGUAGUUCAUUGUUGUGUUGGAGAUGAAACCCUUGGCCAGCUUCUUCCACAUCUGCUUGAACAACUGGAGUUGUGCCAGAAAUCACUGACAGGCUACCUAGAAAAGAAAAGACUUGUUUUUCCAAGAUUUUUCUUCAUAUCUGAUCCAGCUCUUUUAGAAAUUCUUGGUCAGGCUAGUGAUUCUCAUACCAUCCAGUCUCACCUUUUAGGCAUUUUUGAAAAUGUCAAUGAAGUAGAGUUUCAUGAAAAAGACUAUGACAGGAUUCUUUCCGUUUUAUCGAGAGAGGGAGAAAAGAUUAUGCUGGAAUCAGCUGUCAUUGCUAAAGGAAAUGUUGAAGUAUGGAUAGGAGACCUGCUCAAGGAACAACAGAAAUCCCUUCAUGGAGUUAUACGUGAUGCUUGGAGAAACAUUAUCACCCCAGAGUUUGAGUUAAUGGGAUUCUUAGCAAAUUUUCCUGCACAGGUUGGACUUCUUGGAAUCCAAAUGGUUUGGACAAAGGAUGCAGAAUAUGCUUUGCAGCAUACAAGAGGAGACAAGAAAAUUAUGCCCACUACAAAUCAAAGAUUCCUUGACAUGUUGAACCGCUUGAUUGAACAAACAACACAUGACUUGACAAAAAUGGAAAGAGUGAAAUAUGAAACACUUGUUACCAUUCAUGUGCAUCAGAGAGACAUCUUUGAUGACUUGACUAGGAUGCAUAUAAAAUCCCCCACAGAUUUUGAGUGGUUGAAACAAGCAAGGUUUUAUUUCAAGGAGGACACAGAUCAGUGCAUUGUUCAGAUAACAGAUGUGGAUUUCAUUUAUCAGAAUGAGUUUCUUGGUUGUACUGACAGACUUGUCAUCACCCCACUCACAGAUAGGUGCUACAUUACCCUUGCCCAGGCUUUAGGGAUGUCCAUGGGAGGAGCUCCAGCUGGACCAGCAGGAACGGGCAAAACCGAAACCACCAAAGACAUGGGCAAAGCUCUGGGCAAGUAUGUGGUGGUCUUCAACUGUUCAGAUCAAAUGGACUUCAGAGGACUUGGCAGAAUAUACAAAGGUUUAGCUCAGUCUGGUUCCUGGGGAUGCUUUGAUGAGUUCAACAGAAUUGAAUUACCUGUCUUAUCUGUAGCAGCUCAACAAAUCUAUAUUGUCCUUAAUGCUAAGAAAGACAGGAAACGGGAGUUCAUCUUCACUGAUGGAGAUAUAGUUGAAUUAAAUCCAGAAUUUGGAAUAUUCCUCACAAUGAAUCCUGGAUAUGCAGGUAGACAAGAACUGCCUGAAAAUUUGAAAGUUCAGUUCAGAACAGUGGCCAUGAUGGUCCCAGACAGACAGAUUAUCAUGCGGGUCAAACUUGCUAGCUGUGGGUUUUUGGAAAAUGUUCUUUUAGCCCAAAAAUUUUAUACUCUUUACAAACUGUGUGAAGAACAAUUGUCAAAGCAAGUUCAUUAUGACUUUGGGUUGAGGAAUAUAUUGUCAGUACUGAGAACUUUGGGAGCCAAUAAGAGAGCUCGCCCCAAUGAUACAGAAAACACAAUUGUGAUGAGAGUUUUGAGGGACAUGAAUUUAUCCAAGCUGGUCGAUGAAGAUGAGCCACUGUUUAUGAGCUUGAUAGCUGAUCUGUUUCCUGGAAUUGUGUUGGACAGUGCUACCUAUGCAGAACUGCAGGUAGCCAUUGCCAAACAGGUAGAAAAUGCUGUUCUGAUUAAUCAUCCAUCCUGGAACCUGAAAAUUGUACAGCUAUAUGAAACCCAAAGAGUGCGACAUGGAAUGAUGACACUAGGGCCCAGUGGUGCUGGAAAAACUUGCUGUAUUCAUGUGCUGAUGAAGGCUAUGACUGAAUGUGGAGCACCACACAGAGAAAUGAGAAUGAAUCCAAAAGCUAUUACUGCUCCCCAGAUGUUUGGUCGACUGGAUGUGGCUACAAAUGAUUGGACAGAUGGAAUCUUCUCUACUCUCUGGAGGAGAACACUAAAAGCCAAAAAAGGAGAAAAUAUAUGGAUUGUAUUAGAUGGACCUGUAGAUGCAAUUUGGAUUGAAAACUUGAACUCUGUUCUUGAUGACAAUAAAACCCUGACUCUGGCCAAUGGUGAUCGUAUCCCAAUGUCUCCUGCCUGUAAAGUUGUGUUUGAAGUCCACAACAUUGACAAUGCUUCACCAGCCACUGUGUCCAGAAAUGGUAUGGUGUACAUGAGUUCUUCAGCACUAGAUUGGAGACCAAUUUUGAUGGGUUGGCUGCUGACAAGAAAUUCCCAGGAAAGUGAAUUUUUGUUGACUCUUUUUGACAAAAUAUUUGAUGAUCUGUAUCACUACAUCAACACAACCUUGUCACCAAAAAUGGAGACCUUGCAGUGCAACCAAAUUGUGCAGGCUUGCAAUUUACUUGAGGGAUUGAUCCCAAAGAAGGAUGACAAAGGCACUCUUCCUGCUUUUCACCUUGAGAAACUGUUCAUUUUUGCCCUGAUGUGGAGUUUGGGUGCAUUGCUGGAGCUGGAUGAUCGUGCAAAAAUGGAAGAAUUCCUUGCAAAACAUCAAAGUGCUCUGGAUUUACCUCCCAUUAAGGAAGGAGAGACUAUAUUUGAAUAUGUUGUGGAUGAUCAUGGGGAAUGGCAGCACUGGUCGUUGAGGGUUGAUGAGUACAUCUACCCCUCGGAUGUUGUUCCAGAAUUUUCAUCCAUUUUAGUUCCAAAUGUUGACAAUGUUCGAACAAGUUUCUUGAUUGAUAUAAUUGCAAAACAGAACAAAGCUGUUUUGCUGAUAGGAGAGCAAGGAACAGCAAAGACUGUGAUGAUCAAAGGUUAUAUGGCCCAGUAUAACCCAGAGAGUCAUCUUAGUAAAAGUUUCAACUUUUCUUCUGCUUCAACACCUUCUAUGUUUCAGAGGACAAUAGAAAGUUAUGUUGAUAAGAGGAUGGGCAGUACAUAUGGACCUCCUGGAGGCAGAAGAAUGACGGUCUUCAUUGAUGACGUGAACAUGCCUGUCAUCAACGAGUGGGGGGAUCAGAUCACAAAUGAAAUUACUCGACAAAUGAUGGAGAUGCAUGGCAUGUACAGCCUAGACAGACCUGGAGAUUUCAUCUCAAUUGUGGACAUGCAAUUCAUUUCUGCCAUGAUUCAUCCAGGAGGAGGAAGAAAUGAUAUUCCACAGAGGCUUAAACGACAGUUUUCCAUCUUCAACUGUACUCUUCCAUCCAACAAUUCAAUUGACAAAAUCUUUGGAAUCAUUGGAUGUGGAUAUUUCUGUCCAAGUCGAUUUGAUCCAGAAGUGUGUGAAAUAGUGAAAAAAAUUGUUCCAGCUACUCGAACUCUUUGGCAGAUGACAAAGGUUAAGAUGUUGCCAACACCAGCGAAGUUUCAUUAUAUUUUCAACUUAAGAGAUCUAUCUCGUAUCUGGGAAGGAAUGCUCAAGAUCAAAGGAGAGGAAUGUCAUGAGCAGUUGAUGAUACUGGCACUCUUCAAACAUGAAUGCACAAGAGUGAUUUCUGACAGAUUUACAAAUGCAGAGGACAAAGCUUGGUUUGAAAAGAGUUUGAAUUCCGUUAUCCGUGAUAUUGAUGAGACACUGGUUGAUAAGUGUCAUGAGGAGCCUUACUUUGUUGACUUUCUGCGGGAUGCACCAGAACCCACAGGGGAAGAAGCUGAUGAUGCUGUGUUAGAUGCCCCAAAAAUUUAUGAACAGAUACCUUCAUAUGAGUUUUUGAAUGAAAAACUGUUAACCUUCAUGGAGCAGUACAAUGAGCUAGUCAGAGGUGCUCACAUGGAUCUUGUCUUCUUUAAAGAUGCUAUGGUGCAUCUGAUAAAGAUAUCUCGAAUCAUUGGUACACCAAGAGGAAAUGCUUUACUUGUGGGAGUAGGAGGAUCUGGGAAGCAGUCCCUAACACGCCUGGCCUCAUUUAUUGCUGGCUACAGAAUAUUCCAGAUUACACUCUCAAGAACUUACAAUGUGAGCAAUCUGAUGGAUGACUUGAAAUUCAUGUACCGGGUUGCAGGCUGUGAAGGGAAAGGGAUCACCUUUAUCUUUACUGACAAUGAAAUCAAGGAUGAAGCUUUCCUAGAGUACCUUAACAAUAUUUUGAGCUCAGGAGAAGUGUCAAACUUGUUUGCCAAAGAUGAACUUGAUGAAAUUACCCAGGAAUUGAUUGCUGUCAUGAAGAAAGAGCUACCAAGAUGUCCCCCCACAUUUGAAAACCUUUACGACUUUUUCAUUUCCAGAGCAAGAAAAAACUUGCACACAGUUCUCUGCUUUUCCCCGGUUGGAGAGAAGUUCAGAACAAGGGCCUUAAAAUUCCCUGGACUAAUAUCUGGUUGCACAAUGGAUUGGUUCAGCCGAUGGCCCAAAGACGCUUUGAUAGCUGUGUCUGGCCAUUUCCUUAAUACCUACCCAAUUGUCUGCAAUAAAGAAAUCAAAGAACAGGUUGUCAACACCAUGGGAGUUGUCCAUGAUGAUGUGGCUUCUGUGUGUGUCGAAUAUUUCCAAAGAUUUAGAAGACAAACCCAUGUGACACCAAAGUCAUACCUGUCCUUUUUGGAUGGAUACAAAACCCUGUAUAGUAGAAAGCAUUCAGAGAUAAAUGAAAUGGCUAGCAGAAUGAACACAGGUUUAGAAAAACUUAUAGAAGCAAGUGCCUCUGUUGACAAACUUUCAAAAGAAUUAGCUGUUAAGGAAAAGGAGUUGGCUGUUGCUAAUGUAAAGGCAGACAAAGUGUUAGCUGAAGUCACAGUGAGUGCAACUGCAGCAGAAAAAGUUAAAAGUGAAGUUCAAAAGGUAAAGGACAGAGCCCAGAAGAUUGUUGAUGAAAUUGAAGAGGAUAAAAAGAUAGCUGAACUCAAGCUUGAAGCAGCCAAACCAGCUCUUCAAGAAGCUGAAGAUGCUUUGAAGACUAUAAAACCAGCUGAUAUUGCCACAGUGAAGAAACUAGGAAAGCCCCCACAUUUGAUCAUGAGAAUCAUGGACUGUGCAUUACUUCUUUUCCAAAAGAGAUUGGAUCCUGUUACACAAGAUCCUGAUAGACCAUGCCCAAAACCGUCAUGGGGAGAGUCUCUCAAGUUAAUGAGUGGAUCAGGAUUUUUAAACUCCUUGCAAACCUUUCCAAAAGACACAAUAAAUGAAGAAACAGUGGAACUCCUUCAACCGUACUUGAGCAUGGAAGAUUACACUUUUGAAUCUGCAAAGAAAGUUUGUGGGAGUGUUGCAGGUUUGCUGUCUUGGUCCACUGCCAUGGCUUUCUUCUAUGGAAUUAACAAAGAGGUUUUGCCUCUAAAGGCUAAUUUAGCCAAACAAGCAGCAAGAUUUCAAGUGGCCUCUAAAGAGUUAUCUGGAGCCCAAGCACAACUAGAUGAGAAACAGGCCGAACUUGACAAGGUCCAAGCAAUGUAUGAUGCCGCUAUGGCUGAGAAACAGGCUCUACUAGAAGAUGCAGAGUCAUGUAGAAGGAGAAUGCAGGCAGCUUCUGCUCUGAUUGGUGGACUGGGUGGUGAAAAGAUACGAUGGACUGAGCAAAGCAAACAGUUCAAGUCCCAGAUUGAUCGACUUGUUGGAGACAUUUUGCUUUGCACUGGUUUCUUGUCCUACUCAGGACCAUUCAAUCAAGAAUUCAGAAAUAAGUUAAUUUCUAACUGGCAAAAAGAAUUGGGUCAAAGAAAGAUACCAUUUACCAGUGAUUUGAAUUUGAUAUCCAUGCUUGUGGACAAUGCUACUAUUGGAGAAUGGAACAUUCAAGGUCUACCAAAUGAUGAGCUGUCUAUUCAAAAUGGUAUCAUCACAACUAAAGCCACAAGAUAUCCACUAUUGAUUGACCCCCAAGGUCAAGGAAAAUCCUGGAUAAGGAACAGAGAGAAAGAUCAUGAUCUGCAGGUGACUUCAUUGAAUCAUAAGUACUUUCGUGCUCAUUUGGAAGAUGCCUUGUCACUUGGGCGACCCCUCCUAAUUGAGGAUAUAGAAGAGGACUUGGAUCCAGCUUUAGACAAUGUGUUGGAGAAAAAUUUUAUCAAAUCAGGUUCUACAUUCAAGGUCAAAGUUGGAGAUAAAGAAUGUGAUAUCAUGAAAGGCUUUUACCUGUACAUGACAACAAAGCUGGCAAAUCCAGCUUACACACCUGAAGUGAGUGCUAGGACAUCUAUUAUUGACUUCACUGUCACCAUGAAAGGUUUGGAGGAUCAACUACUUGGACUUGUAAUUCUGAAAGAAAAGAAUGAACUGGAAGCUGACCGAGCAAAAUUGAUGUUAGAUGUCAACACCAACAAAAGGAAAAUGCAAGAACUGGAAGACAAUCUCUUAUACAAAUUGACAAGUACCAAGGGAUCACUUGUUGAUGAUGAAUCCCUGAUUGAAGUGUUGUCAGUAACAAAAGUAACUGCAGCGGAGGUCAGUGAAAAGUUAAGUGUUGCAGCUGAGACAGAAAUCAAAAUCAAUGAAGCUCGUGAGGAAUUUAGACCAGUUGCAACACGAGGCAGCAUCCUUUACUUUCUAAUUUGUGACUUGAGUAUGGUAAACAGAAUGUACCAAACUUCUCUGAAGCAGUUUUUGGGACUGUUUGAUUUAUCAAUGACAAGGUCGGAGAAAAGUCCAGUGCCUGCUAAAAGAAUUGGCAACAUCAUUGAGUAUCUAACUUUCGAAGUAUUCAGAUACACUUGCAGAGGUCUGUACGAGUCGCACAAGUUUCUGUUCACAUUGCUCAUGACCUUGAAAAUUGAUAUGCAACAAGGAAAGGUGAAACCAGAAGAAUUUCAGACAUUUAUCAAAGGUGGAGCAGCACUUGACUUGAAUGCCGUCAUGCAAAAACCUUCAAGGUGGAUAUCGGAUAUGACAUGGUUAAACUUGGUUCAGCUUAGUGGACUGUCGCAGUUUUCAGAAAUUCUUAAUCAGGUAUCUCGAAAUGAAAAAGCUUGGAAAAAUUGGUAUGAUACAGAUGCCCCUGAAGAGGAGCAUAUCCCAGAUGGUUAUCAUACCUCACUUGAUGCUUACCGCAGGCUUUUGCUGAUUAGAUCUUGGUGUCCAGACAGAGCUAUACCACAAGCCAGAAAGUACAUUGCUGACUCUAUGGGCCCAAGAUAUGCAGAGUCAGUCAUUCUUAACUUGACCCAGACUUGGGAAGAAAGUGAUACCAGAACACCUCUUAUAUGUCUCCUCUCAAUGGGAUCGGACCCAACCAAUCAAAUUGAGUCUUUGUCAAAGAAAUGCCAUUUAGAUUUCAGAGCUAUAUCAAUGGGCCAAGGACAAGAGGUCCAUGCUAGAAAGUUAAUAUCUCAGUUCAUGCACACUGGUGGCUGGGCACUGUUACAGAAUUGUCAUUUGGGUCUGGAUUACAUGAAUGAACUGCUGGAUACCAUAACUGAUACUCCUCAGAUUCAUGAGGCUUUCCGAGUUUGGAUUACAACAGAGGAACAUGCAGGAUUUCCAAUUAGUCUUUUGCAGACUUCUAUCAAAUUCACAAAUGAACCACCCCAAGGAAUUAAAGCAGGAUUAAAGAGGACAUAUGCAGGCAUCACCCAGGAUUUCCUUGAUGUCAGCAACAUGGUUCAGUGGAGACCAAUGCUUUUUGGUGUAUCUUUCCUUCACACUGUUGUACAGGAAAGAAGAAAAUUUGGUCCACUUGGAUGGAAUAUUCCAUAUGAAUUCAAUUCUUCAGACUGGACUGCUAGUGUGCAGUUUGUGCAGAAUCAUUUGGAUGAUUUGGAUGUAAAGAGGGGAAUUUCUUGGACAACAGUUCGAUACAUGCUCGGUGAAGUGCAGUAUGGAGGUAGAGUCACUGAUGAUUAUGACAAACGACUGCUUAAUACUUUUGCAAGGGUUUGGUUUGGAGAUUUCAUGUUCCAACCCAGCUUCCAGUUCUAUGUUGGAUACAAAAUACCAAACAUGAAACUUCUAACUGAUGUGAUGACCUUCAUUGAGAAUUUGCCAUUAGUGGAUUCCCCAGAAGCAUUUGGGCUACAUCCCAAUGCUGAUAUCACAUAUCAGACCAAUUUAUCUAAAGAUAUCCUAGAUACUAUAAUGAGCAUUCAACCCAAGGACAGUGGUGGGGGUGGUGGAGAGACACGAGAGAGUGUAGUGUACAAAUUGGCCACAGACAUGCUGUCCAAACUCCCAGCUGAUUACCUGCCACAUGAGGUCAGAGAUAGGCUGAAAAAGUAUGGCAAUCUGCAUCCUCUAAAUAUUUUCCUGAAGCAAGAAAUUGACAGAAUGCAGCGUGUCAUUUCCACUGUACGAAUAACUUUGACAGACCUUAAGCUUGCUAUUGAUGGUACCAUUAUUAUGUCUGAGAACCUAAGAGAUGCUCUGGACAACAUGUUUGAUGCCAAAGUUCCCACAUUGUGGAGAAAAAUAUCAUGGCAGUCAUCAACAUUAGGAUUUUGGUUCACAGAGCUCUUGGAAAGAAAUGAUCAAUUCUAUUCCUGGGUUUUUGUAGGAAGACCAGAUUCAUUUUGGAUGACAGGAUUCUUUAACCCACAAGGAUUUUUGACUGCAAUGAGGCAAGAAGUAACAAGAGCACACAAAGGCUGGGCACUUGAUUCAGUCACCUUACACAAUGAAGUCAUUAAAGCUGUAAAGGAGGACAUCUCUGCACCCCCAGCGGAGGGAGUGUAUGUGUAUGGGCUGUACUUGGAUGGAGCAGGAUGGGACAAACGUAACUGCCGUCUGUGUGAACCACCACCCAAAGUUCUAUUCACACCUAUGCCUGUUGUACACAUGUACGCUAUCAACUCCACAGCUCCAAAAGAUCCCCGUUUAUAUCAGUGUCCAGUGUACAAAAAGCCCCACCGUACAGAUCUGACAUACAUUACUUUUAUUGUGUUAAAGACCAAUCUGAGUCCUGAUCACUGGAUACUGAGAGGAGUUGCUGCUUUGUGUGACAUCAAGUAAAGUCAAAGCUCAGACACUGCAGUAUAGUGGAUGCCUGAGGUCUGAGAUAAUCAUUAUAAACUGUUGGAAAUUUGUUUGAACUUUAUUUAUUAUAAUUUAUAUCAGAUGUCUGAGAUAAUCAUUAUAAACUGUUCGAAACUUGUUUGAACUUUAUUUAUUAUAAUUUAUAUCAUAAUAUUUGUCAGUGAUUGGUUUAAUGCUUAAUCCAGUAUAAAUUGUACCAUUUAC